AUGUUGGAAUCGUGCGACAGCGUGGACAAUGGAAAACGGCUAAUUAUGAUUGUUGAAGUCUCAAGUUUUCCUGUCACCAAUAGGGAAAAGAAAAAAAGGAGGACUGUGUCAUUUAUCUGUGCAUCUGCUAUUGUCAUCCAUGUUCAACAACGACAAAAGAAAUCCCGUCAGAUUUUCCACAUGAUUACUCGUCAUACUAAAGCACUUCUUUUCGCAAUCCUCAUCCUUAUAGCUUUGACAUCUUUUACCAGUGAUUAUAUGAAGCUUGUUAAUCGUAUUUCAACAAACACUAUUAUGAGGAAUUCCUACGAAGAACAAAAAACAGUGAAGACACUGGAUUCUGGAUUCGUAGAGUUUCAACAACCUACUAUAUCAACGUUGAAACAAAGGAAAUAUAUCCAACCUGCUCCAGUAUCAGACAAAUGGAUUGUCGUAACAUCGAUAAAUUAUCCUUCCAAAGAUGUUAAGAGGUUAGCAUCGUUGAAAAACUGGAAUCUUGUCGUGGUAGCUGACAGAAAAACUCCACCGAAUUGGAAUUAUAAGGGUGUUCACUUCCUUAGUAUGGAAUAUCAAGAGAGUUUAGGUUUUCGCUUGUCCACUGUAUCGCCAGAAAACUCGUACACAAGAAAGAAUAUCGGAUAUCUUUAUGCAAUUAAGAACGGUGCUAAAUGGAUCUACGACACUGAUGACGACAACAAACCAUAUGGUAGAGGACUAGAACAGUUCGACUAUAAAGAAAAUAUCAGCGGUUUAUGCUACCAAAGAAGCACUAAAUCGAAUAGUACUGGCGAUAAGCUCUUCAAUCCAUAUCGCUUUUUUGGGAAUCCUGGAAUGUGGCCACGAGGGUUUCCGCUGGAACAUCUAAGGGACCAUACAAAUGGAGAGAAUAGGCUGUGCUUCUGCGAUUCAAUGCGUGCACCAGCCGUUCAACAAGGACUCGUCCACAAAGAUCCUGAUGUGGAUGCAAUUUAUAGGCUUCUCCACGCCGACAAAGAAAAUGGUCUAAAUGAACGAUUCAACGAGUUUGCUUCACCGAUAGUUCUGAAUUCAGGAACCUAUUCACCAUGGAACUCUCAGAACACUCUUUUUCACAAGAACGCAUUCUUCACACUUUUCUUACCCGUCUCGGUAGCAUUUCGAGUAACCGAUAUCUGGCGUUCAUACUUCGCGCAAAAAUUGUUGCAUUUAAUCGGUGAACGAGUAGCGUUCUAUCCAGUAAACGCUAUACAGUUCCGAAAUGCACACGAUUAUUUAGCUGAUUUUAAACAGGAGAUAGAUGUCUAUACGAAAUCUGGAAAACUUAUUGAAUUCAUCGAAAAAUGGAAAUGUUAUUCGAACAAUAUCGAGAGUUGUACGGUGGAACUGGCUGAAGAACUAGGCCGUAAUAACUUUUGGCAAAGACGAGAUGGUCUUAUGAUGAAGCUUUGGAUCGAUGAUCUCCGAUCUAUAGGGUAUGAAUUCCCGAAAAUGGUCGCUGAAAAUGUUGACGAUAAUAAUUGCUGGGGUACAACCGAUAACAAGCAGUCAACGUGUUUUCCAGCUCAUCUAGAGCUAGAAACGGACAUUCCUUUAAAUCAUAAUGAAAAGGCUAUGGAAAGAAUGAAAAAGAAACUCGAAUACGCUGAAGAACUACAUGACUGGUGUCGUGAAGUUGAACCAGGAGGUGUUUUCAAAUCGUUCAGUAACGAUUUUCUUGCCAAAAAACACUCCCAUCAUAGAAGUCUUGUUGCUAACCUUGGCAAGGUAUUGAUUAUUGUCACCGACCAACGCGGUGCUGGUAUCGGUAUACUUCAACGUCUAUAUCAACCAUAUUUUGCGGUGCUGAUUUUCUGUGGGAACCGGGAUUUUGUUAGUAGCGGUAGCAAAUAUGCUUCCAUGAAUACUACGAAACCUUUAAAUUUUAUAAGCGUUGAUGGAGCUGUAGGCCUACUAGCGACAAAAUGUCUUGUCCGUGUCAGUCAGAUGAAGUUACAGAACGUUACAGGAUAUUAUGUGAUGAGUGAGGCCUUAACGAUACAACUAUGGAUUUGGCAUGAUCCAAAAAAAGUCCUAUUCCCUGCUCAGAACAGAAAACUAAAUCAAGUGUUAUGGAUUAACAGAGAAGGUGCACCAACAGGUGAAACGGCGUACAAGCUUAUCACUGAAAAAUAUAAGAACGAUGAAGCUGUGCAAAAAAUGUGGAACGAGUAUCAACAAGGGUUGUCAGCAAAUAACGGUCCACAACAAUCUGCUUCAUCGCAUAUACAAUCAAACAGCGGAUAUGCAACUAAUAGAUUCAUCUACAUUCCUUCGCAAAAAAUCGACUACUUCUCACAGCUAAUGCAAAUUUUCGACGAAGCAAAACUUCCUGCAUCAUUCGCUAUCGCAAAGUUUCUGGAUACAGUGGAAGUUGAAGAGUUACCAUCAAUUGCCAACAUAUUCGUCGGGGAAAAAUACUACACCAAAAGUCUUGUGGUUGAAAAUCCUAUGCAAUUUCGGGAACUUUCUAGAAUGGAUGUAAAAAAUAGGUUCUGCACAAGAAUUGUUGCAACGUUCAAGAAAAUUCUCUUGGAUGACUGGUAA